ACGUAAUGGAUCAGCUGCAGGAAGACACUGAAUCCGCCGUGCAGCUCACAGUUUAAUUUGUAAAUAAGAAACAAUGUCCUCAGUUGAGUAUUUGAGAGAGUUUGUCAACGAGCGACUAACUGUUGCUGCUGAAGAAAUAUUCGGAGUUUUUAAACAAACUAUCUUCGAGUACGAAGAGGAGAUUAACCGUCAGCGCAGGCUGCUGGAAGUCAUUUGGAAACCUGAAAUAAAGAUACACAGGAUAGAGCUCCCACAGCAAUAUACAGUCUGUAAGGAAGAGGAGAAGGCUCUCGCUGACCAGCAGCUCUGUGUUCAGGGGAGGAACUCCAGUCUGGACCAAGAGCAGCCAGAGCAUCCACAGAUUAAAGAGGAGCAGGGGGAGCUGCUCGACCUUGAGGAGGAGACUGAUUACGAGGAAAAUCACCACAGUGAGGAUGAAACUCUGAACUUCAGUAUCAAUACAAAUCAGAGCGCGGUUGCGGAAAAGCAUUUAAGCUACAUUUCAGUUGUUAGCUCUGUGUUACAACAACCAAGCAAUGACCAGCAGCUCCUCUCUCACAACUCUCAUGUAUCUGAGAGCCAAUAUCAGAGCGGAGGCAAGCACGGUGACUCAGAAUCGACUGGAAAUGCAGAACCAAAACAACAGAAUCAACCUCACAAAAGCAACAGUCAUACUAACAGUCUAUACAACCCUACUGUGACAACAACGGACUGUAUUUCUGAGGUUAAAACUUCAUUCAAAUGUGACGUAUGUGAGAAAGCUUUUAAGUAUAAGUCAUUUUUGCAGAGACACAUGAUAAUACACACAGGUGAGAAGCCACAUUCUUGCAACACGUGUGGGAAAAGAUUUAGCCGGACUUCAAUACUGAACGCUCAUAUGAGAACUCACACGGGUCAGAAGCCAUAUUCCUGCGACACCUGUGGCAAAACAUUCAGUCAGACGUCAACACUGAGCGCUCACAUAAGAAUACACACAGGUGAGAAACCGUAUUCUUGCAACACCUGUGGGAAGAGAUUUAGUCGGACGUCACUAUUGAACGCUCAUUCGACAGUUCACACAGGCGAGAGACCACAUUCCUGUGAAACCUGUGGGAAAAGAUUCAGUCGGCCGUCACUACUGAACGCUCAUUUAACAGUUCACACGGGUGAAAAACCGUAUCCCUGCAACACCUGUGGCAAAAGUUUCAGUCGAACAAAACAUUUGAACGCUCAUUUAAGAGUCCACACAGGUGAGAAGCCGUACACUUGUAAAAUAUGUGGGGAAAGAUUCAGUUGGACAUCACAACUGAGGAAUCAUAGAAAUGUCCAUACAGGUGAGAAGCCAUAACAGCAACACCUGUGCAAAAACAUGUUAGGUAAUAUUUUUCUUAAAUCUCAUACCAAAACAAAUCCAUUUAAAGGACAAACCAACAUCUAGAAGAGUAUAUAUAAUAGCAACAUCUUUGUACAUGUAUUCAAAACAUGUUCCAAUAAUAAGAGAACACAGUUGAUUUGAUUUAUUUAGCACAUUAAAAACUACAGUGCUGAACAUUUUAAGAAAAGGAGACAUAAUGGGGUAACUCAGAAAACCCUUAAGGGGCUUGACAAGUGGGGUUCCCUACAAAGCUAUUAUUCAAUACAGUCUCUGGAUAUUUUUCACAGAUUUUUUAAAUAAUAAAAAAAGAAAGUUACAGUAUCAUAAUGUAAUGAUAAAGUAGUACAGCACAAACAAUGCCAUCAAGGUCAGAGAGAUUAACCUGCUUUUCACUUAAUGUUACUGUAUUAGUCAUAUUGCUGUUGAUGUAAACACGUCACAUCAGAUUAUUAUCAUUACCUGAUUAUUCCCAGUUAUCGGAUUAUUGUGGUCAUGCAAACAUGCUCGUCAAUUUUGAAUUUUUUUAACCGUUUCAAUACUAAUGUUCCACUGUAUUGAUACACUGGCACCAGCUUUGCUUUCUCGCUCUCCUCUCUGCAAAAGAAAGCUGUCACACUGCUGCAGUGCCUCUAUAGCCAGUGGUGGAAUGUAACUAAGUACAUUUACUCAAAUACUGUAUUUAAGUACAGAUU